CGACAACAAGGGCUGUCACAACUCUGCAUGAGGCCGAUGGACACAUUUCGUCUGGACCAUGAGGAGCAUGUCCAUCCGAGUGACUGGGUGUACCAGAGCACAGGGCACCUGUGGGUCCAGAAAUGUGUUUUUUGGUGUUGCACCACAAAACGGUCUAUGUAUGACUACAGCAGGGACUGUGGUAGAUGGGAAGCUGAAGGGAAGAAACGGAGCUCAGGACACCAGAGUUAGAAAGAGAGGUGUGGAUGGACGGGUGCGCAGCUUUGAGGAGAUCCCACACACAGGGAAGAACGGCUGGGUCAACCUGCUGAAGUUCUGGAGAGAAGGUUGUUUCAAGCAGCUCCACAAACACAUGGAGAGGACCUUCAACGCCCUUGGCCCCAUCUACAGGGAGCAUGUGGGCACACACGGGAGUGUGAACAUCAUGUUGCCGUCAGACAUCGGGGAGCUGUUUCGCUCGGAGGGCCUGCACCCGCAACGGAUGACCCUGCAGCCCUGGGCCACACAUCGUGAGACACGCCAGCACAGCAAGGGGGUCUUCCUCAAGAACGGUGAGGAGUGGAGAGCCGACCGUCUACUGCUCAACAAGGAGGUGAUGAUGACUGCGGCCGUAAAGCGUUUUCUCCCUCUCCUUGAUGAGGUGGCGAGGGAUUUCUGUCAAAUGCUGCAGGCGAGAGUCGAGAGGGAGGGAAGAGGAGAGAAGGGGAACCGCAGUCUGACCAUCGAUCCCAGUCCUGAUCUCUUCCGCUUCGCGCUGGAAGCCAGUUGCCAUGUGCUCUACGGGGAGCGUAUCGGCCUCUUCUCCUCAUCUCCCUCCCUGGAGUCUCAGAAGUUCAUCUGGGCCGUGGAGCAAAUGCUGGCAACCACCCCUCCUCUGCUCUACCUGCCCCAUCGCCUCCUGCUCCGCAUCGGCGCUACCCUGUGGACUCAGCACGCCACUGCAUGGGACCACAUCUUCAGUCAUGCGGAUGCCAGGAUCCAGAGGGGGUACCAGCGCCUGUCAUCCUCCCAGGGUCAAGAGUCUAAGCCUGGGGAAGCUGGAGGCCGUUACACUGGGGUUCUGGGCCAACUCAUGGAGAAAGGCCAGUUAUCUUUGGAUCUCAUCAAAGCCAACAUCACUGAGCUCAUGGCUGGAGGGGUCGACACGACAGCGGUGCCCCUGCAGUUUGCUCUGUUUGAGUUGGGCCGCAACCCAGAGGUGCAGGAGAAGGUGAGGCAGCAGGUGAGAACAUCGUGGGCACAGGCCGGUGGUGACCCUCAGAAAGCCCUGCAGGGGGCGCCACUACUGAAAGGCGCAAUCAAGGAGAUUCUCAGGUUAUACCCGGUGGGAAUUACAGUGCAGCGGAUGCCAGUCAAAGAUAUUGUUCUUCAGAAUUACCACGUCCCUGCUGGGACGAUGGUCCACGUGUGUCUUUACCCCCUGGGGAGGAGUGCAGAGGUGUUUGAGGAUCCACAACGCUUUGACCCCGGCCGGUGGGGCAGCGGCAGAGAGGCAGGCCAAAGAGGAGAGGGGUCAGGGUUUCGCUCCCUGUCGUUUGGGUUUGGGGCGAGGCAGUGUGUCGGGAGGAGGAUUGCUGAGAACGAGAUGCAGCUCUUGCUCAUGCAUAUCCUGCUGAGCUUCCACAUCAGCGUGUCUUCCACGGAGGACAUCAAAACCACAUACACCCUCAUCCUCCAGCCUGAAACUCCACCAAGGAUCACUUUCAGCAAGCUCUGACACACACACACACACACACAGACUUGACAUGUUAAAUCACAUAAUAUAGCCUUAGCUGUGUUAACCUAGCAACAAAAUUUCUGAUGACAAUCAGUGAAGUUUUUUUCUUUUUUGCUUCCCCGUGCUCUUUAUAUUCAGUCCAAGAAUUCAUCAUGCUGACUAAUAAAAGUACCAUCUCCUC